GCGCGCGACCCGUGUUCAUCGAGCGGCGCAACCUGCUCAAACAAUCGUCGAAGCUGAUCGUUUGAAGGAGCUGAUUCGAGAACGUCGCUGCCGCUUUCGGGCGCCAUGCUGACUCGGAACACCAUGCCGCUGCAGCACUUCUUCAUCGUCGCUGGAGCACGUGCUGCGCCACGGGCCUGCGCCCCAAGAAGGGGCUGCUCGGCCCAACGAAGGAGUGUGGGGCAUUUCCUUUGCAGUCGGUGGGAGCAGCACUGCUCCGAGGCGGCCGACAUCACGGCCAGCGUGCGCACCUGCCUACCGUCAGCGACACACAUGGGUCGUGCACGAGCUUGGCUGCGAUUGGCACUCAUGCAGAAGAAGCUGGCAGACUAUUUGAAAGUGCUUGUGGAUCAUCGAGAGGAUUUGCUGGCUGAAUAUUACGAGCCAGACGCACUUCUGAUGAGCGAUGAAGCUGUGGUCAUUGUGGGACUCCUAGUUGGCCUGAAUGUCAUUGACUGCAAUCUUUGUGUUAAGGAGGAAGACUUAGAUUGCCAACAAGGAGUUAUUGAUUUUUCUCUGUAUUUGCGCUCUACGAAUCAUAGUGCAGUCAAUUCCCCUGAGGGAGAGCUCGAUCAAGACAAUAUGACUAUGGUGCUUGACCAGAAGAAUUAUAUUGAAGAACUGAAUAGACAUUUGAACGCAACAGUUACAAAUCUACAAGCCAAAGUGGAAGCAUUAAUGACAACCAAUGCCCUCAUGAAGGAGGAUUUAGCCAUUGCCAAGAACAACAUUCUGGCGUUGCAAGAGGAAAACCAUUCUCUGCGAGUUCGUGAACUGCCCCCUGGCGGAGAGAGCAGUCCUGUUGCCACAAAUGGUGCGCCAGCCAACGAUGAGGGGGGUGGCGGAGGGGGAGGAGGGAAUUCUCUCUCUGCGAAAGAGCUGGAGGAGUUAAGGGCCCAGCUGGAACAAGAGCGAAAGUCACGUCUAGAGCUAGAAAAGGAACUAGACUUGCAGGUUAGCCUGAAGGCAGAGAUGGAGGUAGCCAUGAAAUUAUUGGAGCAGGACAUUCAUGAGAAACAGGAUACCAUUAUUUCCCUGAGGAGACAACUGGAUGAUAUCAAAUUGAUCAACCUAGAGAUGUACAAAAAAUUGCAGGAGUGUGAGCAAGAGCUGACGGAGAAAGGUGAGAUGGUGACGCGGCUUCAGGCCAAGACCACUCACAUUGGCAACAUGCUCAACAACCUCGAAAAGUUCAACCACCUUCAGAAGGACGCAGACCACAAAAGAGGUGGGGGAGGCCGGGCGGGGGGAGGGGAUGGCCGGCGUAUUGAGCCUAUUCAGUGUCAUGGUAAAAGCCACGGCUCAAGGAACGGAGCCAACGGCUCUCAGUCUGCUUCUUCUGCGGCAUCUGCUCAGCAGCAGAACAAGAAGUGAUGGACUUAGUUCUUCUUGGGUCACAUCUGGCUCAUGAAGGCAGAUGCUACUACCAGAUAUUGGCUGAUAGAAUAGAGCUGUGUACUCACUCUAAAACUGUAUGAGGAAAAAAUUAAUUAUAUUGGAAGAAGUGAUUGAUUAAACUUCUUUGGCCCAAAUUUCAUUGUGAAUCUAAUCUGUUUGAAAAAAAGGUUCAUAGUUAUGAAAGAAUAAAUUUAAAUUAGACUGUACCGUCAUAAUUAAAGUAAUAAUAAUCCGUUAAAGUAAAUAGUUUGAAAACAAAAUUUCAUAUUGAAGUGCUUAUAUAAAUAUUUUUUGUCUCGUGUACGUAACAAAAUGAAUAGAGAUAUGCAAAAACAAAGCCAUUAGAAUUUCAUAAAUAUUUUUUCUUCAAUUGAGUUAUAAUAUUAAUAUUAAACAUUGCAAUCCAAUACCUUUUGUUUUUGAGAGAGCACUGCCUUCUAGAGUUUGUGUGAUUUAUAUUCUGGUGAUAUGUUGCAAUAUCUCACUUCCAAUGAAUCCUCUGGACGAUUUCUUCUCUUGGUGUUGAAGGACAGCAAAGAUAUAUUUUUUGUUCAUAUGACCAGAGACAUUGUUUGUGUGACCUUUUUGCAGGAAUGUGAAAGUUCUAUAAAACAUAAAACUGAGCUAAAGAAUAAACUGGAGGCCAAGAGCACGGCAAUGGCAGAUACACUGCAGAAGAUGGAGGAAAAGUACGUAUCUUAUUAAUGCCCGGUUUGUGCUUCUGUGGCUUACUUUCCAGGAAUGGUGGUGGUGGUGAUAAUGGUGGUGGUUGUGGCAGAAUUUAAGGAAUGUGAUGAAGGAGGGUGGUGGUAGUUUAAAAAUAACAGAUCCAACCAUUUAUUUUGGAUAGAGAUAUAAUGACCAGUCUAAAUUAUGACCGUGCUAAUUACUUAAUUCACUAAUGGUGCUAUAUAUGGUGCAUAUCCUUUUCACUGCAACUUCUAUUGUUGCCAUCGGUAUUAGUAAAACAUUUUAACAUGCUGUUUAUUUCUUUACAUGCUAAAUGCCGAAUGGAAACAAUCUGCAUAAGCAUGAAAGAGGCUGAAUGAAAGUUAAAAAGCAUCUGUUGGAAACUUCAGAUUAAAAGGAAGAAGUGAUUUCUUCUUAAAUAUCUAUUUUGAAUUGGAAACACUAUUGGACUAUUUACAGACUGUGAUGAUAUUUCAAAUAGAAAUCCAUCUGUUAGUUUAGUUUAAUUUAUUAUUCAGUUCGGUCAUAGUUUCUGCUGGUCAUGUAAUUCACAAAGCUUUAUCAAAGGUUAACCAACAUUAUAAAUUAUUUAUUAACUCUCUUUGCUCUAAAAGCAUUGACCUUCUGCUUAAUAGUCUUUUGAACUGAACAGUUCUGCUAAUAUUAGUUUUGAAUAUGGACAUAUUAAUUUUUGAACAUUAAAGAAACUUGAUGAAUUAUAUUAUAUAAAUUCUGACUUCCAUGUUGUUAGUGCAUAAAUAAAUCCCAUCUUUUGUUCCAUAGAUAGCGAUGAAUACCUGCAAAGCCAAUCUCUCUUCUGAACUCUCAACAUAAUUGAGAAUUUAUUAUUGUGUUCAAUUGUAUUUUUCUUUUCAUUGUUUCUCAAUUUUUUGGUUUGAAUAAUCAGGAACAUUCUCAGAUGUCUGUAGAAAUUAUGUUUAAAAUUCACUCUGAAUAACUUAUUCAGUGUGGGAAUAGAUUUGUCUUUAGCUACAAUAAUUUAAAUUAUAGAUUUUCAAAACUUAUUUCAUACAGAUUUCCAAUGAAAAUUCAAUAAAAUAUUCCACAUGGUGAGCCAUACAUCUGCUCAUAAACAUAUCACUCCUUUUGCUAAAUUGCAUUACAGCAAUGUCAUUGGCAAAUAAGAUCUUGUAUAGAGUCUUCAACUAGAGAUCAUAUCUUGUAGGAUAUAAAUAAUUAGAUAAUCGUGUAUGUUUUAAAACUUUUUGUUCUUGUGUUUCGUGUUGAAGCAUUUUAAAGGCUUUUUUAAAGCAGAAUUAUGUAUAUUCUUCAUUUUAAUGCAACCUAUCAUUAUAGUCCUUCAAUAAUGAAUAUAAAUAGGCAGCUACAUUAAUGAAAGAAGUCUGUGGGCUACAUUUUAGCAUCAUUUGCUCUUUGAUAGGGAGAGUUUCCACUGAUAGAUACAAAAUGUCCACCUUGGUCUCGUGAUCAUAGUUAUUUUUUUGGUUUUUGUUUUUCAAGCUGGUGAUGAAAGUUGGGCAACUACUGGAAGCAACCUUCAAAAUGCACAAUAUUAAACUUAUAGAAUUGUGAUACUCUGAAUUUAAAUAUUAUCUGAUUCGCUAGCUGAAUUACUAUAUCUAUAGUAAUUUGAUGCUGCUUGUUUUUACAAUCUUAUUGGAACUUCUGAUCAGUAGUAAAUAAUUUUUUAUUUAUAUUUCUUUAUUUUUUCUUUAUCUAUGUGUUCUCUAACUAACUGUUUUUAGUUGAAGGAAUUUGGGAUGUGAUUGCAUGAUAUAUUUUUAUUUGUGGGUGCUUAAUUUAAUCCUGGGCUUGGAUUCAGAUGACAUGUUAUCUUUUCACUGAUGCGUUCUAAAUGUAGCUAACUUUUAAAUGAAAGUUUAUUACAACAUGAAGGUGACAGAAAUAGUUAUUGCAUCAUUUUUUGCCAUUUUUCAAUUUUUAUGUCAUUUUUCUGAACAUUUACGUUAUUUUUGGCAUUUUAUUUCCUUUUUGUGUAUUUUUGUUAGUGAAUAUUUCAUAAAUUUGCAAUGGCACAAAGUUUUUAUUGUAUUGUCAUUUCAUGAUGAAAUUCACUACUGCAGUGGACUCUGUUUUUAAAGCUCUCAAAAUUACACGUAUUUUCAGUAACUUCCUCGUCCUUUCAAAAAUGACUGUUGGAAAUCAGAGCAAAGGAUUACAUUUCCUCUAAAAAAAAUAUUUUAUAUUAAAUAUUAUUUUAUAUAAAUACAUUUUAUGUAACAUUGUAAAACACAUUGAAUAAAUGAACAUAUUUAAAAUCAUUUUUGGUAUUUUUUAAAGAAUGAGGUCAUUUUGUCUUAUUUUUAAGUCAUUUUGUAGGUAAUUUUCAAAGAAUUUGUUUGUGAUCAGAAUCCAAGUCCUAAUUACAUUUAAUUCUUUGGGAAGAGAUUUAUUGUUAGUAUGUUAUUUUAUGUAUGGCCAGAGAUUUCAUCCUAGCCAGAGAGACAAACAUUUCAGUCCUCAUCACUUGAUCUUCUUCAGGCCAGAAGUACUUGAUUCCAAGGGUCAAUACUUCAGUCUCUUUGUCUAGGAUGCAACAUUUUUUAAUCAUUUAUUUUAUUAUACUAUUUCUUAGACAAAGGCACAGUUAACAAGUAAAACAAGAAGUUAUAUAAUGAAUAAACUGAAAGGGACUGACGAUGAAUCUCAUUUAUCUAUAAAAUUAACUCAAACAUAUAUUUUGCAGCUUCAACCAAAGUUGCAGUGAGCAUAAGGGGUUAAUUGUGCCAGAAAUGUUCUGAGGGAAAAGUUUUGAAUGUUAAUUAUUAGAAAAGCAGAAGAGAGAUAGGGUACAAAAAUGAUUAAUGUUGAAUAGGUGUUGAAUAAAUAUAAUUGCUAUUAAGUAACCAAGGAAAUGCUUUUAAUGUGCGAUAAAUUCUGUUACAUGCAUAUUCUCUUUUAAUUGAAUUUAAUUUUUAAUUUGAAUUGAGAAACAUGAUUAAUAUAUUAUUAAACACAAUAAAGUUAUGUCCUUUUCCUAGUUUUGAAUACAAAAAAGAUGUUCAUUUUUUCUUCAUAAUGAUGGUUCAUAAUGUUGUUGAACAUUUACAUAUCCCUAUAAAUUGCUAUAAGUACUAUUAGCCUAACAUUCCUCAGUGAUACGAGGUUAUUAUUGUGAUCAUUUCUUUCAUAGAAGACCCAAAGGUAAGGUAAGGUGAGGUGAAAUCAGGAAUAAAAUAUUAAAUUGAUUUUCAAAUUCAUGUUUGGGCAUUUUUAGAGAAAAUAUGUUCUAAGUAUUGACGUAUAUAUGUCUGUUGUAUAUUGAUUCCAUGUGCAGUUUUUUUCCCUUCGUUAUUUGUCUUGCACAAGUCAAUGGUUCUGAAUUUGAUUCUAGCAAAUAAUUUUCAUCUCUGUGUAAACACAAUCUAUAUAAUUCAAUCUUUAAUUUUUAAAGCUAGCCAUUGUGAUAGAUUCAUUUGUUUUAAAUUUUGAGUGGUCUCUUUUCAAACCUAUAUCCAGUCUUUCACUUGUGUGCAUAUAACUAAGUUCUUAGACUGUGGAAAUGUAACUGGGUGAGUUGUGAUGUGACAGUGGGAAAUACUGGCAAACCUUCACUACAGGCACCACACAACCCCCAGGAGUCUCAAAACGUUUACCAUUGCUGCCUUGUUAUCACUACAGCAUUGGCCUUGACUAAACACAUUACUGACAGAUUGUAAUAGGUAACUGUAGACCUUCUAAGACAUGUUACGACUUUAAAUUUGUUGCAGUGUGCGUUGAUGUAUUUCUUAAUGAACAACCAUGAAGGACUCUAUGCUUACUUGCUUGUAAUAAUAAUUAUUGCCAAAUAAAGCAUUUAUUGAUGAA